CGGCAGAAUAUGCUAAUGAAAAGUGGUUGAAUGGUUUGUGAUGAGUGCUUGAACUCUGACCCAGUUCACUUGGCAAAAACCAACUACCAAUUCUGUUGAGACCAUAACCUCUCAAAACUAUAUUAAAAAUGUCUUUCUUUGGUAUGGGAAACAAUAACCAGGCGGUUAACCCUCAAAACAUUGCGAUGGCCGAGCAGGAGGUCGAGAUGAUGUCUGACAUCUUCAACAGAAUUGUUCGUUCUUGUCAAGAAAAAUGCAUUAAUAACAAGUACCAUGAGGCCGAUUUGACCAAGGGUGAAAGUGUUUGCAUUGACCGUUGCGUCGCCAAGUACUUUGAAGUGAAUCAAAAGCUUUCUGAGCACAUGCAAAAGCGCGGUGAAGCGCGUGGAGGCAUGUAGAAAGCUGCAAGUCUACUCCUUUGUUGUUCUGAACGUGGCCAUUUAUGAAAAUUGGAGCUUCCAACUCAUUUUGUAAAUAAAAUGCUGGUAAAAAGGUUGCUAUCUACAAGUGUUUGAACCUAUAAAGAUUUUAUUCUGUUUCAUAGUCUCAUUUCUCUCGUACUCUCUGUUCAAUGAUUCGACUUUUUGUGUUUGUUUACCACUAUAUCGAUCCAUCGCCAAAACAGA